ACAUUCGCGGCUGGAGCUGCAACACCUCGUCGGUGUCCUCCUCCUGCUAUAGUCCAGCUCGUGUCCUGCUUGUGUUUCCGUGGACAUAUUAGCAACUGAUGAUUCUAACUCCCAGUCGCCCAGCAUUACCAAGGCGUUUAGAGGUCAUCUGGAAUCUUUGACCUCGAAUCGCUCUGAUUCAGAAAGUCAGCGAGUUUCUCCUGCGGUGCUUUGGAAAUUCGCGCCCUCCUCUGGUCCUGGUCCAGGUGUACGGGAAGCAGGUGCCCAGGAGAGGGGGGUCACGACGGCGCCCGGAUGAUAAUCCCAAAGAUUGAACCUGCAGACCAAGCGCAAAGUAGAAACUGAAAGUAUACUGCCGGCGGAUCCUACGGAAGUUAUGGAAAAGGCAGAGCGCAGAGCCGGGCCUUGGUGUGUGCCGCCCCCCCUGGGAUGGAUGAAACAGCAGGCACGACGUGGGUGAGAGGAACAGGCUUCAGAGAUCGCCCGCCGGGCACGGACUCUCGGCCACUCCGCGGAAGACCAGGGUCCUGGCAGUGACUAUGGGCGGUGAAAGCUUGCUCCUGCUACAGCUGCGGUCAUCAUGACCACGCCCGCCUCCCGCAGACCAUGUUCCAUGUUUCUUUUAGGUAUAUCUUUGGAAUUCCUCCCCUGAUCCUUGUUCUAUUGCCAGUAGCAUCAUCUGAUUGUGAGAUUGAAGGUAAAGAUGGCAAGCAAUAUGAGAAAAUUCUAAUGGUCAGCAUCGAUAUAUUAUUGAACAGCAUGAAUGAAAUUGGUAGCAACUGCCUGAAUAAUGAACCUAACUUUUUUAGAAGGCAUUUAUGUGAUGAUAAUAAGGAAGGUAUGUUUCUAUAUCGUGCUGCUCGCAAGUUGAAGCAAUUUUCUAAAAUCAAUAGCACUGAGGAUUUCAAUAUUCACUUAUUAAGAGUUUCAGAAGGCACAUUAACACUGUUGAACUGCACCAGCAAGGUUAAAGGGAAAAAAACACCUUCUGUGGGUGAAGCACAACCGACAAAGAAUUUGGAGGAAAAUAAAUUUUUAAAGGAACAGAAAAAACAGAAUGACUCAUGUUUCCUAAAGAGACUACUACAAAAGAUAAAAACUUGUUGGAAUAAAAUUUUGAGCGGCACCAAAGGACACUGAAAAAUAUGAAGUGGCAGUAACGAAACGUUAACUUAGCUGCAUCCUACAAGAAUCUGUCUGCUUGUGCAGUUUUUUGGAGUAGAAUAUCUCCUAGAAGUUACUGAAUGCAUCCUGGUAAAAAUGGAUUAGCACAAUGGAGAAAUCCAUAUUAUAUUACUAGAAGAUGGAAACUAACCAUGGAAACUGAAUGCUGCAGUCAACAAACUAUUUCAUAUGUAUGCUGACACAUAUCAAUUGGUAUUAAUUCUGUACUGAUUUUUGUAAGACAAUCCAUGUAAGGUAUUAGUUGCAAUAAUUUUUUAAAAACCUGUUUAAAUAUUUUAGAAUGCAUCAAAUCUAUGAAGUAUGUAAAGGUUACAAGGAUUAAAAAUUAAAAUUGCCUUAUUAUCAAAAUAUGUUAUGGCCCAGUAUGAAUCAAUAUACUGUAUUAAGAGUGAAAAUUGUCACUGUCUGUGCUGGAGAUAUUUCAGGGUUAACAGAGAUAUAUGGAUAAUACCUAUGAGAACAAAAGAGUCACGUAUACCUUUAAGAACCAGUAGCAUAAAGAAGUCCAAGAUACUUAAGAGAAAUAUCAAGAGAUGUAAUAAAACAUGAAUGUGUAAUAGUGACAUCAAUAAAUGGUAUAGCAAAUGUUUUAAAAUGAAAAAAGGAUAAUUUCAAAAAAAUA